UCAAGUUGUCAAAAAUGUCAAAUUAAAAAAAAUCUGAAAACAGAACGAAAACUAGUCGAAUGUGCAUUUUUGCUGUUUUCUUAUUUGUGUAAUAUGGAGAAAAUUCUUAAUAUUUAGAAAACGUUUUAACGUCGUUUACCACAACUAUAGAAUGAGUGUAUAUUUUCUUGUUACAGUGUUUAAAAGUGUAUAACAAUGUACACACUAAAGGGUAUUUUUCCCGAACCGAAAAAAGAACAAAAAAAGAAUUUCAUCAAAGAAAAUAUGAGGCAGCUGAAGGUAAUACAGAAUAAACCAAAAGAAGACCUAACUCAGAACAGACCAUCUCAAAAUAUACGCAAACCUGCACACCCGGUAGCUUUGCCCAAAGUUAAAUCAUCAUCUUCAGGUAGAACCAGCAAACCUCUUUUGAAUGGGGACAAAAAGCAAAACGAAGUUAUAAGAAUAAAGAAAGGUGACAUGGCUGAGUUCUUGAAGCGUAAAGAAAUGCGUCGUUUGAACCAGGAGAUUAUUGAUGAAGGGGCCUCCUCAAACUCAUCAUCAGGACGACUCCGGGACAUCGGCUGCCAGACAAUAGAGUCUAAUCUCUCCGACAGAUUUUCCGAGAGCACAAAACUGACAACUUUAUUUUCUAAAGAGGACAGCGAUAAGGUUAAAGCGAGUGGAGAUUCAGGAAGGCAGAAGAGUCCAUCACCGCUGCACUCACCACUCAAACACGGUGAUGAAAUGUUUGAUGAGCAAAACAGGAGUAGAGUUACUGCUAUUUUAGAAAAGAAUAAUAAAGACCCAUACUUACCACCAGGUUAUCAAAAGGGAGUGCUACCGAAAUACCUUCGUGAAAAGAAGGAGAAGGCAAUAGAGUUGGAGGGUGUGAAGGUUGAUGAUGACGGUUUCUGCCCGCCGGGGCAUGUGACACUACCAGAUAGCGAGAGGAAGGAGACACUGAGGAUGCUGAGAAAUAGUUUUGCAGAACUAGUAAACGAACUAAACAAACUGCCAGUAAAAACUGACACAUUAAGAAUGAAAACUCGCAAGAUGGAGCUUGAAAAACAAUUAACAAAAUUAGAAGAAGGAAUCAAAGUGUUUUCCAGGCCCAAAGUAUUUGUGAAGAUUGGUGAAUAAAAUAAUUUUAUUGAGAGACUGUUUCACAAUGCCUAAUA